AUGGGUUCCCAGGAGUACACUGACUUAUGCCGCGACAUUCGCCGCCGCCUCCUGGACAAUCUAGAGAAGAAGGACUCGGACAAGCUUCGAUUCGCCACUCGGGAUACAUCAGCCAUAGUGCUGGAGUCCUACUACCUCCGAAUCUUCUUCCAAAGCAUCAACGAUGACCAGUUCUCAAUUUCAGAAGAUGACUUUACUCGGAAUAUUCAAAAAAGACACCUACAUAACUUCAUCGCUAUUAUCGCAUUUGCAGGUUGCAGUAUUGAUGCUGCGAGAGUUUUCACGACCAAGCUUGCUGCUACAGACAUCUGGCCUGCCGAGCAAUCACAUAUCAGGGAUGCUACUUCUCUCCCAGCGGAUCGCGACAGUCUACGAGAAUUUUUCAUGGGGUGCGAUUCAAACGAUGCAGAUUUCUUCUUUGGCACACAAGCAAUCUUUUGCACCGUUGUGCUCCGUCAAAGGGAAGAAGUCACCGUUCAAGACUCCGAGACUCAGCGACUUCCCUACCUGGAGGAAAAGCUACUAGGUAAAGGGUCGUUUGGGAAAGUCUACAUGGUUAAGAUCGCUCGAGGCCAUAUUGAGGAUCGCCACACCGAUGAAAUUUCGAACAAACCACGAAAGGUGGCGCGUAAGGACUACAUUGUCCAGUCACCUAGUGACAUGAGCUCUCAAGAUGAGGGCAACGUCAUGAAGAUGAUACUUAGCGCCUCAAAGACAUGCGAGAAUAUCCUUGAGAAUCUUGGCUCCCUGCGUGUCGAAUCGCCCCUGGGAGCCGAUCAUCCGCCGACGUACAGUCUUUUCAUGCCGCUAGCAAUAUGCGACCUUGGCGCCUAUAUGAAAAAGGACAUAUCAACUUCGAUCAAGACACCAAAGGUAAGGGCGAGUCUUAUUCGCUCCGCCAUGGGGCUUGCUACAGGUCUCAACUUUCUCCACCACGAGUUACAGACCUCGGAUCUCGAAGAUGUUGUGUGCUACCACAUGGACUUGAAACCCAGCAACAUCCUUGUGUUUCCAGCCGAAGAUCGAGAACAUCGACAGAUCUGGAAGCUGAGCGACUUUGGCAUGUCGCGGGUCAAAAUUCGGCGGAGAAAUCAUACUGAACCGGAAGAGCGAGACUUUAGCGUGUGGUUCAGACCGCGGCCACAAGUGCACGAGGACGCUCCAUCUGGGACACAGAAUAGGCGAGGGCAAGGGACCUAUUUACCUCGAGAAUCCUUGAUCACUGGAAAGGUCAUGAACACCAAGAGCGACAUCUGGUCUCUUGGGUGCGUACUAAGUGUUCUCUUUGCUUAUCUUGAAGGCGGUGCAGAGAGCGUCAUUCAGUAUACGAGUGAUCGGCUGAAAGAUCGCAAAGGGACGGAUGAUGGAUUCGAUGGUUUCUUUUGGGAGAAGUCGUUCGGAAAGUUUGCUCUCCACCAUGCAGUCCUAGACUGGCACCACCAGCUCGCCAACAAAGCCGGCACGCGAACCCCAGGAGAGAAAAAGAUUGUUCAUACAAUCCUCAGCUUCCUUGAGCAUAAAGCUCUCAAUUUAGACCAGGAUAAGAGGUGCACGGCAAAAGACGUCGAAAAUGCUCUGAAAGAAGCGAUGGAUGCAUACCGUCAUCUUGAGAGCUCCCCAGUUCCUGGUGAGCUCAAAAAGCCAAGGAAACUCUCCAUCAUACAGAGAAUUCGGAGCAAAUCACCAGAGGCGAGACCUACGAGAGAUCGUGCAAUUCAGCAGUGGCGUCUCGCUCAGGAUCCAGCUACAUACGACACAAUGAAAGGCUGCAAGAUCUCGCCCAAUGCAACUAUACUGGUUUACUGGAGUGAUUACCGACUCGUACUCUUUACAUCUCUUUCUGCUCCAGCUGAUAAUGAGGAAAUCUUGAGUCCAGCGGGAGAUUUCCCCCUUGGGGGGGCUGCUUUCUUUUGGAAAGCGGUGGCUUUGACUGAGAGAUACUUGAUUGCCACGACUACCGGGGGCACAUUUAACUGUUACAUAUUUGACCUCGAAGCUGGACAGUCUGUCAAUGCAGAUUUGAACACAUGCUAUCAUGUGUCGCUGCCGCAUCCGGAAGUCAAUAACUUGGCUAUUUCAGCAGAUCAUCAAGUUAUGAUUUGUACGCUUCAGAACAUGGAGAAUGAAUGA